AUGCCCGGCGUCGUCAUGGACAAUGCCAACAUCGAGGGAGCGACUCGGCGGCCAGGCCCCGAUGAGACUAGUAACGGCGCACUUGGCUCUUAUGGGGGGCCUGAGAAGACUGGCCAGCUCUCCAGUUCUGUGAACAGAACAGCACAUGUUAAUGGUACAACGAGCGAGGUCGGUGCGUUGAAUCAGCACUCAAAAGCGCUCGGGGACACAAGGGAGGAGCCUGAACCACCAUUCGAACUACCGCACAUCACCCAAGGAUUCUUUCCGUUCGGAACAUUGAUCAAUCGAGCGGUCCAGCAGUGCUGGAACGACUUGUCGGAAGUGAUAACCGAGUUAGCUGCAAUCCAAGUACCUCACCAGGAACCUGCGGUUACCUCGAUUGCAACAGGUACAAAACCUCCCGGAAACCAACUAUCGGAAAAUGUGCACAAAAAGCUACGUCUUUUAGACUUUGCUCACGACAAAAGAGCCGAGUUUAUCAAAUUGCUAGUGCUCUCGCAAUGGAGUCGACAGGCCGCAGAUGUUAGCAGACUCAUCGAUAUCCAAGGGUUUAUUCGCACGCGGCACCAAGCGUACGAUGCCGCUCUGCAGUAUGCGGGCGAGAUGAAACGAGAUCUCGUGCGAGCCCAGGUGGCCAACCCGGAUCUCAGAACAGCCCUGGAGGUCCUGUCGAGGGGUCGAGUAAAAUCUCUGCCUGAUCUCGGCUACAAACCGCCCAAGUCUUUGACAGCAAGGACUACGCUCAAGAAACUACAAAAAAUCAAUCGAAUAAUCAGCGUGCGACUGGCGUUGCACGACCAAGUGCCGCUCCCACUGCAGACUUAUCGGGUUCAUGAUGGCAGGGUCACAUUCACGGUUCCUGGGGAGUUUGAACUUGACCUUUCGGUUGCAGAGGAAAGCAAAACAUCACAGUUUUUCUUCGUGGACAUCCGCUUUCUAUACUUGCCUUCUUCGCCGAUCCCGAAGGGUCGAGUUUUCAACGAGAUUGAUGCUAAACUCAAUGACAUACUGCGUGAUGAUGGCUUGAUGGGAUGCUUCGCUUUUCUCCACGGUCUAGUGCUCACGAACAAGGUCAGCAUUCUCUUCAAACAAGCCACGGACCUUGCUCGAGGCCUUUGGGCAGAUACCUUGCACAUUGAACUGCUCCACCGAACUCUUGUCGUCCAAUACUGGCCAUUAAGAACAGCACCAAAGAGCUGGCUCGAGAUCGGGCUCAAAAGUGGACACCGCCACUCUGGUUCCAGCAAUCUGAAUUCCAGAAUGCCAUAUCUUGGUCUUCGCUGGAUGAGAGAUGGGCAAGAAGCAGACAGCGAUCAUAUUCAGUUUGACUCGAAUAUGCUUUCUCUGGAACAAGUCUUGAGAAGCGUUAUUGCACUGCAUACCUCCCAUCUUCUCUCUACCACAUUCACCACUCUGAGAAAAAAUCUUCUCUUCUCAAACAAUGUGCUGUCAAUACAGGCUCAGCUAUCUCAGACAGAGCCUGGUGACUGUCACCUCACCGUUCAACUCACGGCCACUCGCCACCUUCGGGUUUCUAUUGAGCCCAUGUCAGGGACCAUCACCAUGUCCGGGGUUCUUAGCCCUUUACAACGCUAUGAGAGCGAUCGGAGUCCUAACAAGCUCUUAAUCGAAGAGUUAUUGUCUCGGAUUUGCCGACUUCGCUGUCUCACUGCAGUGGAGGAGAUUGAGUCCGGCACGAAAGCGUUCGGCCUCGAGGUUUUUAACCAGAGAGGCCUGAGCCUUGAUGCGCGCAGAGUAUUUCCUUCCAACGUACUUAGAUCAUCUUUCUUCACUCAUCGACUCUGGGAUCGGCACUGGGUGGCCGCUGCGACCAGCAGCAUGGACGGUGAUAGUUGGUGGUUGGUUCGACUUCGGCCGGCCGGGGCAGUGAAAACGCAACCCUACGGUGUUGUUGAUCAUCGCGCAAGUCUUCCAUUUGCCCACCUUGUCAGCAGCACCCUUGUCCCUCGGCGACCAGACGAUCACUCUGCCUGCGCAGAAUUGGUCCAUGGAUUGACGGGGAUGUUGGCGGUCUAUUCCAAUGCACGUUGCCUGGCAAAUUUGCCGGGAAUACGGCUUCAUCCACCACUGGAGAAAUUGCAACUCGGGGCGGAUCUACAAGUUCCAGAUCUCUACUUUCACUACAAAGCGGCCGACCUCCCUCCUGCUCUCCGAGUAGCCUUGCCCUCGGGAUUGGAGAGAAGAUUCUACCUACAGAAUACCGUCCGUCUCUCAUUUCACGGGAUCGACCGCCGAAGCCACUCAGUCCUUCUUAUGGCCCAUGGCUGUCUAAAAUCCCGCAUCAAAAGCUUUAUACCGCUGAUCUCCCAGGCGGAUCCCUCAAUAAUUACGCAAGGCAAAGGCGGUGGCUUCGCACUUCGCUUACUCGUGCCGGCUGGCCAUUCCAUUGUCAUUUGUCUGUUCGAACGCUUGCAGCGACUCGAAUGCGUUCUCUCCAUCCUUGAGUCUCUCAUCCGGAAAGGAAUGAGGCCCCAGUCCCUGUCGUUGUUGCGCAUUGCAUUCGCCUAUGGCUCUGAAAUAAAACACUCGGCCUACUUCGAUAUCAAGAUCUCAGGACCCCCCAGCUCUACCUACCUCGACGUCGCCAAUGCUCUCUUGCAGACUGAGCCCCUCUUUCACCUGCAACUGGAUCUCGGCUUCGACAACACCAGUCCUCACCGCCGAAUCCAGGAGUCGCUCACGGCAACUUUGAAUCAUUCCUUUACAGCAACAGGUGUUGAAAAACUCCUUGAGCUCAUGUUCAAGACGUUUCCAUUGCUGCGCGCCUUGGACCAAAUCACUUCCAAGCCCAGCAGCGUGGGUACGUUCAUUGUGCAUAUCACUGUGCGCGGUCCGACUAUUUAUCAAAUUCACUAUCCUCGACUGCAAUCACGUUUCCAAUUGUUUGCCGACCCGCGAGGCCGGCCGAUCUGGGUAUUGAAGGACGCCAAUCUUGCGGGUCAGUCUCACAAUGACCAAGUUGCAGCCACGAUUCGGCAGAAGCUCUAUGAUUCAAAAGGCGAUUGCUGGAAAGGCAUGGGAGAUGGUGCGGUGGUUGCCAUGGACAAAGUGGAGAAACUCAUCCUCGAACUCCACGAGUGUCUGAGUGAUCCUCAUCUCGAGCCCAACAGACCGGAGAGCAAAGGGAAGCCCGAUCAGCCCCCGGCGGUGCCGUUGCGUCCUACCAAAGGCCCGGCAGUAUCUGACAACCAGGCCAAGGCCUCUCCGCAGAAAAAAGCCGGGCCGGGCAAUACGGACAUUAUCACUAUCGACUAG